GUCACCUUAGACGGCACCAUAGAUAUAAAUAUAUUAAGGAGCAUCUAUCAAAGCCUAGUUUGGAUGGGGUGUUCUUUCAGCAAACAACGGCAGAGGCUUAUUGGGCAUCAUAAACAGGAAGAAGACCCAGCAGCAGUUCUUGCUGUCCAAACCUGCUUUGAUAUUUGUGAUAUUGAAGCACUGUAUGAGCUGUUCAAGAAAUUAAGUAGCUCCAUAGUUGAUGACGGCCUCAUCAGCAAAGAGGAAUUUCAACUUGGCUUAUUUGGUAACAGCAAGAAACGAAACCUUUUUGCCGAUAGGAUAUUUGAUUUAUUUGAUUCGGGAAAGGAUGGGGUGAUAGAGUUUGGAGAGUUUGUUAGAGGACUCAGCGUGUUCCAUCCUGCAGCGCCCCAACCACAAAAAGCAGCUUUUGCAUUUCGGCUCCACGAUAUACGGCAAAGUGGCUUUAUUGAACGCGACGAGGUAGGGAAUAAUAAGGUGCUGUUUUGUGAAAAUAUCUUCAUUGAGAAGAUGAUAUUGCGAACGGUAAGAGAGAUGAUUGUGGCACUACUAAGCGAGUCCCAAUUGGUGUUUUCUGAUGACAUAAUUCAGCUCAUAAUCGAUAAGGCUUUUCAAGAAGCAGAUCUCAAAGGAGAUGGUAAAAUUGAUCCAGACGAGUGGCAACAAUUUGUGGCUCGAAAUCCAUCUUUAUUGAGGAAUAUGACAAUUCCACAUUUGAAGGACCUUAAUAAGGAGUUUCGUAAUUUUGAAUUAAGUCCAGACUUUAUUGAAGAUGAUAUAAGAAACCUCUGAGAAUCUUUUGACUACAGACUACGUACCUCAGAACAAGGAAGAAUAUUUUUUGCAGUCUCAGCAAUAUAAUGAGAGAGAUAAGUGUCCAGUAACGUUAUUAACACAGAAGUCAAUGAAGAGGAGACCAUUCUUAGAAGCUGUAGAAAAGUAGCAUGAGACUAUUUCAGAACUAAAUGUGACAUAAUAGAAGUCUUAGAUUAAUCAAAAGCACUAGUGGGUAAAGGUGGGAACUCCCGUUACAAUAGAAACAAAACUUGUACUAAAGAGAAACAACUUGUGAGGUUCACCAUCAACCUAAACUUCUUUUUUAUUCAUUGAAUAAAAGUUUUACCUGCCUUAGAUUUAAAAAAAAAAGACUACAAAAAACUUUAGAAUAGUAACCGAUUUUAAUGACCGAAAAAAUUGGUUGCUAAUAGCGAUUAAUUUA